AUGGACCUCUACGCCUCCCCUCCCAAAACCUCCACAAACCCCUUCUCCCCCUCUGCCACCGCCGCCACCACUCCAGGAACCCGUGAACCCAAACUCCAGCUCCCCUCGACGACCGACCCGCCGGGCCCCCAGAACCCCCCACGACCGCUCGUAUGGCUCAUCUUCGGCGCGACGGGCCACAUGGGCCGCUCGCUCGUCAAAACGGCUCUCAGCCGCGAUGAUCUCGUCGCCGCCGUGGGCCGCACCUUUGAGAAUAGUCCUGAAUGCAUGAGCGAGCUCGAAGCCGAACACGAAAACUGUUUGGGUCUGCUGUGCGACGUGCGCGCCCGCGAGACCGUCAAGCAGGUGAUCCAGCGCACCAUUGCGCGCUUCGGCCGUAUCGACAUCAUCGCCAAUUGCUCCGGCUACGGUGUGAUUGGGGCAUGCGAGGACCAGGACGAGUAUGACAUCCGCGACCAGUUCGAGACGAAUUUCACCGGCACCCUCAAUAUUAUCCAGCUUUCGCUGCCGCAUUUCCGCGAGCGGCGGUCCGGCCGAUACCUUAUCUUCAGCUCGACGUCGGGUGCGCUGGGCGUGCCCGGGCUGGGGCCCUAUUGCGCGUCCAAGUAUGCUGUCGAAGGGUUGAUGGAGAGUAUGCUGUACGAGGUGGAUCAUUUCAAUAUCAAGACUACGCUGGUCGAGCCGGGGCAUAUGCGGCGGGAUGAUACAGGGGAUUUGGUCUCAGACCAUUUGCAUAGGGGGUUCUUCGGGGGUGCUGGCGGCAGUGGCAACGAGCAUAAUUUGACGUCCCCGCUGCCGCUGUAUGGGCAUUUCCUGGUGAAGCCGCCCAGUGAGCCGUAUAAUGUCGCGACUUCGCCCGCGGCUCACGCGAAGAGGAUGCUAAUGUGGCUGGGGGAUAAGCAGCCGGCUAGUGCGGUUAAGGCGGCGCAUCUAGUGUGGCAGCUCGGGCAUUGCUCGUAUCCGCCUCUGAGAUUGAUUCUGGGGACGUACGCCGUGGAGAGUAUCAGAGAUCGCUUGAAGUGUAUCAUUGAGGAGAUCGAGGAUUGGAAGUAUCUCAGUUUUCCUUCGGCUUCUGCUUCAGCAGGGGAGCAGCAACAAGGGCAGCCGGGUGCAGUGACAACAGGAGCCAAGGAUGGGGGCGCCAGAAGUGGGGAUGGCAGUGGCAAUGGACCAGAGAAUGAGGACGCAGAUAUGAGGUGA